UUGCGCGUCGGCCCCCUCUGCGGCUUCGCGUUCAUUCGUCGACGCUUCCCUGUCUCGACUUUGGACUGCGCGGGCGCGGCGUCGAAGCUCACGAAGCUCGCGAGUGUGAUCACUCUGGCGGUCGCCGAGGCGAGCUCCAUGAAGUGGAGGGGGGUGCGAGGCGCAUUAGAGUUGCCAGAUCUCUUGCACAUGUGCUUCAAUGCCGCCGAAGAGGCGACUGUCUCUCUCCGGGAGCGGGCGCCGCGCGAACUUUUGCUCGAGGCGGUCGCCGCAGCACGCAGUCGCGAGAAGGACAGACUCUGGACAAUAACUUUCAAGAACGCGCCCCCCCACGGCAGGAGGGCCGCGAACGAGUGCAGCGGGCAGCGCGUCGACUGGCGAUGGGAACAUUUGGAAGAAACGCUAUUCAGCAUCAACGUGGUUCGGCAAUCUUUGCGCAAGUAUUUCGACCCAGCGGCCAUAGGCGCAUCGGCUGAGAGGGCGGCCCGCUGCCGAAAGGUCACGUUGCAGAAGGAGUGGUUCGAGGCCAUGUCAAUGACG